UAGGCGCAGACAAGACGCGCAUUCAUCUCUGUAGAAAUUGACAACGUGACAAAACUUUUAUUAACUUAAUGAAUCAUUCGAAUAUUGAUUUAGUGCUUUGCGUGCAAUAUUUCUAGUCAAUAAUAAAUUAAAAAUUAGAAAUUAGAAAACAGUUGUGUGGUUUAAUAAAAACAACGUUUUCAAGGACAAAGCCAAGGUCAAUUUGGCAAAAAAGAAGAAAAAAUGUAUUUUAAGAGAUGUUUUGUUAUCUUAAGUAUAUUGAGUGUGAUAUCUGCUCAAGAACACGAUGACAAUGAUGGAAAAUACCGCCCAGAUGCGAUACCAGUUUGGGAGCACGAACGCCAAGAUUACACGUUUAGUUAUGGCGUUAAAGAUCUCAACACCGGCGACGUGAAGAACCAAUGGGAGAAAAAGGUCGGAGACACGAUUCACGGUCAUUACACAGUCUUGGAACCCGAUGGAUCGCUGCGCAUUGUGCAUUACACAGCCGAUGAAAAAAAUGGAUUCAACGCCGUGGUUAAACAUGAAGGACCUUCUUAUCAUCCUGUGACAAUACCGUCGAGUCAUACGCUACAAACCGAUUCAUAUUUUGCGACGUCUCCAGCUCCUAAUAAAUCAAAAUCAAAGAUUAAUAAAUUUACUUACACCACACCGAAACCUAUCAUUGAAGAGCAGCCAUCUUUGGAUACACAAAGUGUUAAUAUUGAACCGGAACCGGAAAUGGAAGCGAUUGAUGCGUAUUUAUACAUUCCAUCACAUCACAACACAAAAAAUCAUCAGUAUGAGUUGGUAUCGGAUGAUAAAUAUCAACAUUUUGUGAAUUAUGACGGCCAUGAUGUACCACAUAACCACAAAUCUACUUAUACUUCAAUUCAACCGAAUUUGAAGAUUAAGCAUAGUCAACAUGAGCAGCCAAUUAGUUACGAUUUGUUGACGCCGGUAACGAUUGAUUUAACGCAGUACGAUUUCGAUAAUUAUAAGCAAGGAGGCUUUGUCGAGCCGGAAAUUGAAACCGGAUUCAAACCUGUACCGAAGAGUAAAGGACAAGAGGCCUUACCAAAUAUUCCCAAUACUUUCACUACGAAUAAGAAACCGAUUACUACGCCGGGUUUGAAGACGUAUGCGAGUGAUUCACACAGGCCACAUUUACGAGGACCUGUUAUCUUCCCGAAGCGGAUGGAUAAAGACAGGAUUGUUCAGUUUUCUGCUGGGAAAAAUAAGAAAAACAGUUUGAGGUAUAGAAAGCAUGUUUCUUAUAAUACAGAAGAUUAUUAAUUGUAUUAAUAUUUUAAUAUUAAAAGUUUUUGUUAAGUUUGAUAAUUUAUUGAAUUUAUGAGGAUUUGUGCAAUGUUAUUGUUAAGUUAUUUUAAUUGAAUUGUUGAUUAUUGUAUGUUAUAUUAUUUCGUAUAGAAUAAAUAUCAAGUUAUCAGGA